CUUGCUCCCAGUGAUCGCUGUGAACUUGGCGUGAUAAGGGGCUCCGGCUCCUCCUGCAAUCGAAAAAGCCUGCUGUUUGUUCCACACGGCGAACACCAAUCAGUCGAUGGGUGUGCUCCACUGCAAUAGCAAUUAGCCACUAACCUUCUACCGGGUCUUCAGUUCCUCAUCCUCUUCAGGUUCCCCCGUUCAAACAGACUUAUCUGGAGUGCCGCCGCAAGAGCAUAUAAAUUCCCUGGGCGCCCAAAGGCCAGGAUUCAGUCGGCUUCAAUAGCUCGCGAUGUUCGGAACGUGGGGCGUCUUUCUGGGCGGGAUCCUCCUGCUCCAGACUCUACAAAUUGUUGUUGGUCUCGACAACGGUCUAGCACUCAAGCCACCUAUGGGAUGGAUGUCCUGGGAACGUUUCCGUUGCUUGACUGACUGUAACCUUUAUCCAGACGAGUGCAUCAGUGAACGACUUUUCCGUCGACAUGCGGAUCUUUUGGUAUCCGAGGGUUAUGCGGAUGCUGGCUAUGAGUACAUUAUCAUAGAUGACUGCUGGCUGGAGAAGAAUCGAGACAACGAUACUCAGAAACUAGUGCCAGAUAAAAAACGUUUUCCGAAUGGCUUAAACCCGCUAUCAGAUCACAUUCACAAAAAUGGACUGAAGUUUGGUUUGUACCAGGACUACGGCACCAAUACCUGUGCUGGUUAUCCCGGUGUGAUCAAGCACAUGAAGCUGGACGCACAAACCUUUGCCGAUUGGGAUGUGGACUACGUUAAGUUGGACGGCUGCUAUGCCAAUAUCAGCGACAUGGCGACGGGCUAUCCGGAGUUCGGUCGGCUGCUGAAUGAAACUGGUCGUCCGAUGGUUUACUCCUGCAGUUGGCCAGCUUAUCAAGAAGAUGCUGGCGAGAUGCCCGACUAUGAGUCCCUCAAAAAGCACUGCAAUCUGUGGCGCAACUGGGAUGAUAUCGACGAUUCGCUGGAGUCACUGAUGCAGAUCAUGGACUACUUUGCCAAGAACCAAGACAGGAUUCAGCCGCAUGGCGGACCUGGCCACUGGAACGAUCCGGACAUGUUGCUGCUGGGAAACUAUGGCCUAAGCUACGAUCAAAGCAAGCUGCAAAUGGCCAUUUGGGCGAUUAUGGCUGCACCUCUGAUAAUGUCAAAUGAUUUAGCGGCAGUGCGUCCCGAGAUCAAGGAAAUACUUCAGAAUCGUGCGGUCAUUGCAGUGGACCAGGAUGAGUUGGGAAUCCAGGGACGUCGUAUUUUAAGCCGUAACCAAAUCGAAGUCUGGACUCGACCCAUUACUCCGAUCGCAAAGAAUGGACAUCACUCGUAUGCCGUGGCCUUCGUUAGUCGUCGAGACGACGGAGCUCCCUACAGGAUCCCCUUCACAGCAAAGGACCUUGGACUCAACAAUCCCCGUGGAUAUCGCGUGGAGGAUCUGUACGAUGCCAGCAACCAGUUGGAAGUCUUCCAAACCCAGAAUCAGUUUAUUACUCGCGUCAAUCCUAAUGGCGUAACUUUCUACAAGUUUACGGCGUUGUAAUCCGAAGCCAUGCAAAUUAGCCGCUGCCAUCAAAUCGAAUAUGCUCCUAUACACACUGUUCCACACAGCUCAUCUUCAACGCUGCCAAGAUGAGCAGUGCAGUAGAUUAGUUCCGAUAAUAAAUAACAGGUAAACAGAAAA